UGAAUCAUUAAUAAGUCAAUUUUUAAAUCAAACACAAAAAACUUAUGAUAGUAACAGCAGCCAAGACAAUUUCGUUGGUUUGCAUAAAAAUUACGAUAAAAAAAAUGAUUUGAAAUGCCCGAAAUUUUGACAGCUGAUAAGAAUGUGUGCAGGUCCAUUUAAAAAGGUAUUCCAUUGGGGACCACUUACUGCUUUGGCAAUUAUAAAAAUAAUAACAACGAUGACAAUUUACUGCAGCAGACAAUGGUGGUCUCCUAAAGAAAGUCUCCUAGCAGCAGCAAAUUUUUUAUUAUUCUUCAGUUUAAGCGGAUCGACAAUUUACCAUUUUAUGAGCGCUAUUUAUGAAGGCCCUGGUUAUUUACCAUUACGAUGGAAACCUGAAAAUAUGAAUGACACAAAGUACUUACAGUAUUGUAAAGUUUGUGAAGGCUACAAAGCACCGAGGUCUCAUCACUGCAGGAAAUGCGGUCGCUGUAUAUUAAAAAUGGACCACCACUGCCCGUGGAUAAAUAACUGCGUGGGUCAUUACAACCACGGGUACUUUACGGGAUUUUUAGCGAGCGCCGUAGGCGGUUGCUGUGUCUCGACAUUUAUCUUGGUGUCCUGGUUGAUAGCAGUGAUAACACGUAAAAAUUAUACUUUUCCAUCGCCGUCAGUAUUUACCCUGAUACUGGUUGUGUUCACAAUCGGUCUUUCCAUCGGUGUCGUGUUUGCUGUGGGGAUGUUGCUUUACAUCCAGCUGUCAGCGAUAUUACGCAACACAACGGGAAUUGAAGACUGGAUUCUUGAAAAAGCCAAGUACAGAAGAUUUGGCACGGAUGACGUAUUUAUUCAUCCGUAUUCUAAGGGAUGGUUGUUCAACAUCAAGCAAGUACUCAAGUGGCACUGCAUGCCUGAAGGCGAUGGCAUUGUUUGGCCAGUUCGUGAGGGUUGUGAUCAAUACACUCUAACAGUAGAGCAAGGAUACCAAAAACAAGAAAAACGUAAAAGGGCACGUAGAUAUCGCAUUGUAUCUAAAGUAUCUGGUUCUUGGAUACCAGUCACUUAUGGCUGGUGUGUUGUAUGUCAUCCACCUUGUACAGAUGAACCUAGAAUAAAACUUAAUGUUGGUGAUACAGUCAUCGUCACUCGAUGGCGGAAAUACUGGCUGUUUGGAGAGAAACAAGAGUCGAAUGGAGAUCCUAAGAAAAGGAUAAGAGGAUGGUUUCCACACUCGAGUGCUAUCGAGGUCGUGGAGAAUGGUAGAAACAUACCGGCAGAUUACAAGGACGACUAAAACCUAUCAUCGAUUCACCUCGAGACUAAUUUAGAAAAUUUAUGUUACAUAAACUAAAACAACUCGCACAUAAAAGUGUUGUAAAAUUUAUAAUUACUAUUUAUAUAUACAUAUUUUAAUUUUUA